AGAUGCCCUGUCCUGGGGACUGUGUGUUGGGACACUGGGGUCCCUGGACUUCCUGUUCCCAAUCCUGCUCCAGUAAACACCAAGAGGGGAAACAAAGUCGCUCACGCCUUGUUCUGGCUCUUCCUGGAGAGUAUGGAAAGCCAUGUCCUCCGGCCCCUGAGCUGGUGCAGUGGAGACCCUGUGGCACACAACCAUGCACAGUGUACUACUGGGAUACUUCACCUUGGGAUCCCUGUAUGCCAAACACCAUCACAGACGAGAGUGAAGGUAACGGCGCACCUCCACAGAUGGAGAACGAUGCCAACUGCGGUACAGGGGUACAGAUGCACCAAGUCACAUGCAGGAGAGCUGGGAAUGGACAUGUGCUGCCAAAACGGUGUCCUGAAUCCUCUUGUCCUGACUCCAUCCGGUCUUGUCCUUUACCUUGCAAAAUUGACUGCAUCGUCACACCUUUUAGCGAAUGGAGCACCUGUCCCACUUCCUGUUUAUCGGUGAAUGCUACUGCACCAACCCAGUCUCGUCACAGGAUCAUCAUCCAGAGACCUGCUAAUGGAGGUCAAGAGUGCCCAGAUACUCUUUAUGAGGAGAGAGAAUGUGAUCCACCCCCUCUGUGCCCAACUUACAGAUGGCAGACCCACCGCUGGCAUCAGUGCAUUCUGGUACCUGAUUCGGUGAGGAAGGCUGUGGGUGGGCCCGCAGAGGCAUGCGGUAUUGGCCUAGAGACAAGAGAUGGAAAGCCAUGCCCUCCGGCCCCUGAGCUGGAGCAGUGGAGACCCUGUGGCACACACUCAUGCACAGUAUACUACUGGGAUACUUCACCUUGGGAUCCCUGUAUGCCAAACACCAUCACAGACGAGAGUGAAGGUAACGGCGCACCUCCACAGAUGGAGAACGAUGCCAACUGCGGUACAGGGGUACAGAUGCACCAAGUCACAUGCAGGAGAGCUGGGAAUGGACAUGUGCUGCCAAAACGGUGUCCUGAAUCCUCUUGUCCUGACUCCAUCCGGUCUUGUCCUUUACCUUGCAAAAUUGACUGCAUCGUCACACCUUUUAGCGAAUGGAGCACCUGUCCCACUUCCUGUUUAUCGGUGAAUGCUACUGCACCAACCCAGUCUCGUCACAGGAUCAUCAUCCAGAGACCUGCUAAUGGAGGUCAAGAGUGCCCAGAUACUCUUUAUGAGGAGAGAGAAUGUGAUCCACCCCCUCUGUGCCCAACUUACAGAUGGCAGACCCACCGCUGGCAUCAGUGCAUUCUGGUACCUGAUUCGGUGAGGAAGGCUGUGGGUGGGCCCGCAGAGGCAUGCGGUAUUGGCCUAGAGACAAGAGAGGUGACGUGUGUUGGUGCGGAUGAUUCUCCAGCAGAUGUGACCGACUGUUUGAGGUGGGCUGGACUGAUGCCCGUCCCGGUGAGGGAAUGUCGUGUGCCAUGCAGAGAUGAAUGUAGCUUCACCUCCUGGAGCAGAUUCACCCAGUGUCAAGGCUGUGGAAGUUGGCGCACUCGUACCCGAUCUCUGAUAGGCCGCAGUAAGAAGCGCUGGCGAUGCCAACAGGAAGAGACGUUUCCUCUGCUGGAGAAAGAAGCCUGUCCUUGUUCUGAAUUUCACACCCAGGCUCAGGGUCCCUGGUCUCCUUGUUUGGUCUCACCAGCAAAGAACAUUGCUGGCCAUCCUUUCAUCCAAGGAGUUUCCCACCAAGGCCAAAAGGCAGUCCAGGACUGGCGAGCUCAGAGGAAGUACAGCGAGUGUGGGCAUGGGAAACGCUACAGAGCUCUUGCCUGUCUGGAUCACCUGGGACGAUUGGUGGAGCCAGCUCUCUGUAGAAGCCCUGGUUAUGAAGAGGACUCAUGUCAUGUACCCUGUUCUACGGACUGUAAGCUAAGUGAGUGGUCGAAUUGGUCCGCCUGCAGCGCCUCGUGUGGUGGGGGGGUAAAAGUUCGCUCUCAGUGGCUACGAGAGAAGCCUUUCAAUGGAGGUCGGCCCUGCCCAAAACUCGAUUACAAAAAUCAGGCUCAGGUGUCUGAGGUACUGCCCUGUUACUCUGACUGCAGUCAGUAUGUGUGGGAAGUGGAGUUCUGGUCCAUGUGUGUCCUAAACCCACCAAACAAUCUCAAGAACUCUGGAUCAACCCAGCCUGUUUGCGGAGAGGGCUUCCGGACCGGCAAAAUCCACUGCUUGAAAAAGGGAGGAGAAAAUCAGGAUGAGGUUGUGGAUGACUCACUGUGUGACCAGGAGGAAAAGCCAAUCAGAGUCGAGACCUGUCUACUGCCGUGCCCCGCCCACUGUGUGACAUCAGAGUGGAGCCAGUGGACCAAAUGUACCAUGGAUUGUAAUGACGGUGAUUUGAGGUGGAGGAGUAGAAGUGUCUUGAGGUGGCCAGAAGGAGAUCAUACCUGCCCAGAUCUAAACCAGACUCAAGCCUGUAUCAAUAUGACCUGUCUCAAAUACUCCUAUGUUUACUCAGAUUGGAGUAGCUGUCAGCUCAGUGAAAAUGCAGUAUGCGGCCAUGGGAUUAAGACCAGACUCCUGAACUGUGUCCGCAGCGACGGGAAGCUGGUGGAACAGAGCAUGUGCAAAGAGCUUGGUCCUUCACGUGGAAAGCUCUCUGCCCCCUGUGAGGUGGGCUGCCCUGUUAAUUGCCUGAUUACAGAGUGGUCCACCUGGUCAGAAUGUCAGAUGACACGGUCCAGGGUCGUUUUGCAGCCUGCCGGAGAGGGAGGUCGUCCCUGUCCAUCUCAGCUUUCCCAAACUCACCCCUGUCCCAUCAGGCCAUGCUACAGUUGGAGACUGGGGGACUGGAGACCAUGCAGAGUAGAGGGGGCCGACUGUGGCGAGGGAGUAAGUCAGAGGGAAAUAUCCUGUGUAGUGCACUGGGGUUCUCUUUCAGGUCCUCCUCAGCCCGUUCCAGUAGAGGAUAAAAUGUGUGUAGGAAAUUCACAGAGCAAAGUCAGCGAGACUGAGUUACUGCAGCCCUGCACAAUCCCUUGUCCAGGAGAAUGUCAUCUAACCAAAUGGUCAGCUUGGAGUUUGUGUCAGCUGCUGUGUUUGGAUGGGCGGAGUUUUGAGACAUGGGGUCGACAGGCACGUUCUAGAGCCAUAGUAACACAGGUCCCGGAGAACCAGGACACCUGUCCCAGCCAGAUGUAUGAGACACGGCCAUGCCGAGGAGGAACAUGUCUUAGUUAUGAAUGGAUGACCGGUGAAUGGAGGCAUAACUGGAGACUGGUGUGGUGCCAGCGCUCUGAUGGAGUCAAUGUCACAGGAGGCUGCAUUGCUCAGAACCAGCCCUCUGCCAUAAGACAGUGUCACCCUCCCUGCACCAAACCCUUCUCCUUCUGCACACAGAAUGGAGUCUGUGGUUGUGAGAAGGGCUUCACGGAGGUCAUGACCUCUCACGGGUUCCUUGACUAUUGUACCAGAACACCAGGGCUGGACCAUAAGAAGGAAGAUGUGAAGACCGCCGCAGGCCGACCAGAGCACGCUUGGAACAAGAACCACAUCCAGGACUGGGCGCUGCAGCCUCUUGGACCAGAUGGCCGUGUCAAGUUGUGGGUAUAUGGGCUGAUGGCGGCCGGGUUUGUUGUGAUCCUCCUCCUCAUCAUUAUGUCCUUCCUACUGUGUAAAAACCCGGAGGACAGUCCCAGCAGCAGUCCACAGAAGGCGCUGGCUCUGGCGUAUGAUGGGGACGUGGAUAUGUGAGCCCACUAUGAGUAUGCGGGCUGAAACAUGCUCAAAACAGACGUCUGGCAUCCUUCAGACCACAAAAUGAACAUUUACAGCAGCACACAAGCUGAGCGCAACAAUGAGCCAGACCAGAGAUGAUGUUGACUGGAUGACUGAUGUUUAAACUGCACAAAGACUAAACACGAGGCUAUCUGGAGGACUUUUUGAAGCUUAAAAGCCUUUGUCCACAUUCAGUGUAAAUGCAUGAAAAAGAGCAACCAGAACAUC